AUUUAUCAACCCCCCUGGACUGGGCUGGGGAAACGUACCAGCCUCCAAUACUGGAGUCUGAACCUACUAGCCAGAGGGCAGCCCCCAGUGAGACCCAGGGAAGACACCCCAUCCCUUCCCAUCCAAGUGCUGGCACUGGGGAGGGUGUUGGGAUUCCUGCCAGGGGGCCUGUCCCUGGACCCUGCUGGGGGCUCCAUCUCCUGUAUCAGCUUCUGGCAGGUAGGUGAGUGUUGAAUGUUCAGACCCCUCCCAUCUCUGUCUGCUAGAAGGGGGUGAGGGGCUCUCUCUCUCUCUUUCUCCCCUCCCCCUGAUGCCUCCUGGCUGCUCUGAUGGGGAAGGGGUGGGAUCCUGCCUGCCUCCCACAGCUUCCAUGUGAUUGGCCCUCGCCCCUGUGACCGGUGGGGUUGUCACUGGGCAGCAGGUGCAGAGUGGGGGGCUCUUGCUCUUUCAGGGGCCGGUGACCUUCGAGGAGGUGGCUGUGUAUUUCACCAGGGAAGAGUGGGCUCUGCUGGACCCCGCUCAGAGAGCCCUCUACAGAGACGUCAUGCAGGAGAACUAUGAGAACGUGGCCUCGCUGGCAGGUGAGGAGAUGGUGAGAGAGACCGUGGAGCAGAAGCCUCAGCAGGAAGAGGAGCAAGUGGAAGCACAUGGGGUGUUAUUGCAAAGAUGCAAAGGGAGUGUGUCCAGGAGUUGUGAGCGGGGAAGAGGCUCUCAGGGGCAGCACAGGCCAGAGAAGCAGCAGGGAAACCAGCCAGCACAGAAAGUUGGAAUAUCUGUUAAUUAUCGGGGAACUCACAAAGGCCUCAAGGAAGCCACGGCCCAGCAGAGAAUCCUGACGGGAGAGAGAAAUAACACGGGCUUUGAGGGUGGGAAAAAGUUCAGGAGGCACUCACACCAUCAGAGAAUCCACACCGGAGUGAGACCCUAUGGAUGCUGCGAGUGCGGGAAAACCUUCACUGAGCGCUCAACCCUUAUUCGCCAUCAGAGGAUCCACAUCGGAGUGAGACCCUAUGGAUGCUGUGAGUGCGGGAAAACCUUCACUGAGCGCUCAACCUUUAUUCGCCAUCAAAGGAUCCACACAGGGGAGAAACCCUAUGGAUGCUGUGAGUGCGGGAAAACCUUCGCUCAGCGCUCACAACUUAUUAGCCAUCAGAGGAUCCAUACAGGGGAGAAACCCUAUGGAUGCUGUGAGUGCGGGAAAACCUUCACUGAGCACUCACGCCUUAUUCGCCAUCAGAGGAGCCACACAGGGGAGAAACCCCAUGAAUGCUGUGAGUGCGGGAAAACCUUCGCUCAGCGCGCACACCUUAUUCGCCAUCAGAGGAUCCAUACAGGGGAGAAACCCUAUGGAUGCUGUGAGUGCGGGAAAACCUUCACUGAGCACUCACGCCUUAUUCACCAUCAGAGGAGCCACACAGGGGAGAAACCCCAUGAAUGCUGUGAGUGCGGGAAAACCUUCGCUGAGCGCUCACGCCUUAUUCGCCAUCAGAGGAGCCACACAGGGGAGAAACCCUAUGGAUGCUGCGAGUGCGGGAAAACCUUUGCUCGGCGCUCACACCUUAUUCGCCAUCAGAGGAGCCACACAGGGGAGAAACCCCAUGAAUGCUGUGAGUGCGGGAAAACCUUUGCUCGGAGCUCACACCUUAUUCGCCAUCAGAGGAUCCAUACAGGGGAGAAACCCUAUGGAUGCUGUGAGUGCGGGAAAACCUUUGCUCGGAGUUCACACCUUAUUACGCAUCAGAGGAGCCACACAGGAGAGAAACCCUAUGGAUGCCAUGAGUGUGGGAAAACCUUUGCUCAGAUCUCAGGCCUUAUUUCACAUCGGAGGAGCCACACAGGAGAAAAACCGUAUGGAUGCCGUGAGUGCGGGAAAACCUUCGCUCACUUCUCAAAUCUUAUUACACAUCAGAGAAUCCACACAGGGGAGAAACCCUAUAAAUGCUGCGAGUGCGGGAGAACAUUCGCUCAGCACCCACACCUUAUUGCCCAUCAAAGGAGCCACACAGGAGAGAAACCCUAUGGAUGCUGUGAGUGCGGGAAAACCUUCGCUGGGAGAUCAGGCCUUAUUACACAUCAGAGGAACCACACAGGGGAGAAACCCUAUGGAUGCCGUGAGUGAGAGAAAUUCUUCCAUCACGACUCUUCUCUUAUGUAUCACCAGAGAAGCUGCAAGGGAGACAAACACCAUGAAAAUCUCGUCUGGGUCUCAGAAAAGAUUGUUUGUUUUUUCCUUUUGCUAAUUCCCAAGUAGUGAACUUUGAGGCGGCAUUUGUGGCUCCUUCACGUGAGUGGUCUGCUUUUCCCUUUUGCAGCUCACCUUUCCUUGGAGUGAAGCCCACGGUGUUUUUCAUCAACCCCCUUGUCCUGCAUCAUGGAAGUGUGCGUCCCUCCAGGAAUGUCCGUCAGCCCCAGGUGGGGGAGCCAGGAGUGACCUUUACUUGGUACGUGGAGGUUAAAUCGACCUGGGCCUUGGCUCCACUAGGGUUUUCCGUGGAGUUAGCUAGAUUGCGUUAGGGAUCCUGAUGUAAAAACACAACUAGUUUUUUCAGUGGAGAAAACAGCCCAUAUAGCGGCCAGGGUAACGUAGCAAAUCUCCUCACCACUGGACACAACCUCCGUCACUUUUCCUGGUCUAACCAAAUUUAGAGCAUCACGUUUAUACUUUUCCUCCCACUGCGAAGUGAUUGUUAGUCACCAGGUUCCCCCAUUAGGGACAGAUUGGCUCGUUCCCAGAUUGCACUGGGUUCUGCCGAAUAGCAGUUGGGUCUUGUACCCUUUCUCUCAAUGUAAAUAUACCAGAGAAGGAGUGAGGAUAGAGGGUGUGAUGAAGUGGGGAUUUUCCCUUGUUAUGUUGUAUGUGAGUCUUACUGUUGAGCCUAUGUGAGUUUUACAUGAAUACUGUGUGUGCCUCAGUUUCCCUGUGUGCUGCACCAAUUCCUGGGUGCUGGGAAUAGGGGUGCGUGACUGUGACGAAGUGAGAAUGUUCUCAAUGUUUUCUUUGAAUACUGGGUGGGUGCCUGUGCCCCAGCAGGGAGUGGGGAGUGUUGACCUGGGAAGGUAGCAGGGGAGGUUUAUUGGGACUGGCUACAUUGGGGAUGGGAGACUUUCCUUGAGGGAAGAUACCUGAGCAUGUAACAUGAGAACCCAGGAGUGGGGUUGGAGCCAGGUAACACGUCUGCCCGGGAAACUGGACAGAGGCUGGGGAAGAGGCUGGAGGGAGUUUCAGUUUGGAGAUGGCUGGGGAAAUGGAGGGGAGCCAGACAGGGCUCUGGUCUUCCUGCCUCCCCAGAAUGGACCCGGCCGAGGGGUCCGGUUCGCUGUACCUACAAGCUCUGUUUUAGUCCAUGUUCCUGUCAUCUAAUAAACUUCUGUUUUAC